AUGGGCGAUCGCACAGCAUUUUUCUAUGGUUAGUAAUUCUUCUCUCACAGGUCUCAGCUGUCAGCUAACAAAUAUACAGGCACUUUGGUACAGAUUUCACCCCACCUUAUAUUUUACGCAUACUAACCUCCUACAUAGAUGGCCAAAGAAAUCCUCUAUCGAGUCUGUUUUGGCGACGCCAAAGCCGACCAAGAUUCCGUCUACUCCAUCCGCACCUCACAAAUCACCAUCGUCCCAGCCAUCCUCCACGAUUACCAACGACACAAAGUCAUUGGCUGCCAGUACCCAGGUAUUAGACAGCAGAAGGGACAAGAGGUGCGGGGUACUUAUGUCACGGGCUUGACAGAUGCGGAUGUCUUUCGUUUAGACAGGUUUGAGGGAAAUCAGUAUGAUCGAGAAGACGUCAAAGUUCGACUUUUGAACAAAGACGGCAGUGAAGGGGAUGAGGAACACCGGGCUGAGACUUAUGUUUUCAAGUAUGAGGAGGAGCUUGAGAAGGAGGAAUGGUGUUAUGAGGAGUUUCGGAGGGAGAAGUUGAAGAAUUGGGUUGGGAGCUCGAGUGUUGAGUAUGAUGGUGAGUUUCGAGCUAGUCGAGGAGAGGGAAUCCUGUGCUAAUUUCCAAAUAGAAGUUGAUAACGCUGCUGCUAUCAAUGCUAAAGCCGCAGAAGCUGCCAAAGCUGGGGUUUAGAAAGUUCGUUAGCUGUCACACGUCAGAGUUUCGUAUUCCACAAGAAAUGAGGAGUAUCUGGUAUUUUGGAUGAAUUUUGCGAUUGAUCUGUCAUUGUUUCAGGAAGAAUACAAGGUAUCCAUAGAUUUUGGAUAGAGGGGCAUACAUAUG